AUGUCCUAUAACAAGCCCAUGAGCCCUCCACCCUCAUACCCUGCGCCCACCCAUGACGCAGGUCCUUACAAUCAAAACCCAGGUGCCGCAACGGACUACUAUGGCGGCGGCCAGCCCCAGCAGGGCUACUACCCGCAGCAGGGACAAGGGUACCCACAGCAGCAGCAAGGCUACUAUCCCCAACAGCAACAGCCUAUGUACUACCCGCCUCAGCAGCAGGGAUACCCUCCACAGCAGUACAACGAUCGCGGAAACCACUCCUCGGGCGGUGGAGCCGGUGGUAUCUGCGCUGGUAUCAUGGCUGCGUGCGCCUGCUGUUGCUGCUUGGAUAUCUUGUUCUAG